GUCCUUCAGUAGGCGCAGACAGUGUGUGAUUCAGCUGCAGACCUCACUACCUCCAUUCACUGCAGCACAGCUAGUAUCCUGCGCCUGAGCCUGCAAACUUCCUUCUCUUCUCUCCAUCUUCUUCUAAGAUGUUUUUUCUUUGGGUUUCUCUUCUGCUGAUGUCGUGUCAUCUUCUCCCUUCGGAAUCUGAGCCUGAAAACCAAAGGGUGAAGCAGAGAGCGUUGCGACAGAAGGACCUGGAGAUCAUAGAUAGAUAUAAUGGUUUAUGUAUGCAAGGCAGCAUGGGUCCUCCAGGCCGAGAUGGGACUCCAGGAGUGAACGGCAUCCCAGGAACCCCAGGAAUUCCAGGACGGGAUGGGGUUAAAGGAGAAAAGGGAGAAUGUAUGAGAGAGAGCAUAGAAGAGUCCUGGACUCCAAACUUCAAGCAAUGUGCCUGGAGUGCCCUCAACUAUGGCAUUGAUCUGGGGAAAAUCGCAGAAUGUACAUUCACUAAGAUGCGCUCCAACAGUGCUUUGAGGGUCGUGUUUAGUGGUUCCUUGCGUCUUAAGUGUAAGACUGCCUGCUGCCAGCGCUGGUACUUCACUUUUAAUGGAGCGGAGUGUGCGGGUCCCCUGCCCAUCGAGGCCAUCAUCUAUCUGGAUCAGGGCAGUGCUGAGUUUAACUCCACUAUAAAUAUCCACCGCACCUCCACAGUGGAAGGACUGUGUGAAGGAAUCAGUGCAGGGCUGGUUGAUGUGGCUGUUUGGGUGGGCACCUGUUCCGACUACCCCAGAGGAGACGCCUCGACAGGAUGGAACUCUGUGUCACGGAUCAUCAUCGAGGAGCUGCCUAAAUAAAAUAAAAAAAUAUCUAAAAAUUUUUUCCUGUUACAAUACAGUGAAACCUCUUUGAGAAGCCUUUUUUACGUUUUUAAUGGGGGGUGGUCUUCUCAAAGAGAACCGUCACUAUGCAUAAUAAAUGGAUGUAUGGUGGACUUAAAGGGGUACUCCGGUGGAAAACUUUUUUUUUUUUUUUA